AUGGUUUCCUCCUUGUAUUUUAGGGAGAUUCUUCUCUUUUCUCUCGUCGGGAGUUCGGUUUCUAAUAAGGUUCAUCUCAAGGCUCGACAGGAGUACGGCGGGUCAGUAGGCGCCAUUCCACUAUGUGUUGCUAGUGCCGAGGGCACAUUGUUUACAGAGACCUCUGGCGUCCUUCCAACUGCCGGCUGCCCCGGUGUGCCUGGGGCUGCGACUGGGGCUGCUAGAAGUACUGGGGCAAGCGUUACUAGAGGUGCACAGCCAACAACGACUAUAAGCGUUUCUCCAUCGCCAGCAGGGAUAUCGAGUACAGACUCCCCUCAAGGACCGGUCUCAGCAGCACCAUUACCAUCCUUCAUCACCAUCCCCGCAGCGGCCUCCGGAUCCAGUGAGACAUUUUCACAGACAGUUUUCCCGGAUCUCGCAACCCUCACUAUAAUCGAGACAGUCACAACCGGUAUCGUUCAAACGGAUGCAAGUGGAGGGACAACCACAGUUCAAGGUCCAAUUGUCGUGGGUCCCGGCGGUAUCGGUUUUAUCGGACAAACUGGGGCUUUGCCUACAGGUGUCAGCAUUGAUGGCAACGGGAAUACUCCAGGAGGGUCGAAUAACAACAACCCAGGGGGGGAUAACAGCAACCCAGGGGGGGACAACAACAACCCAGGAGGGGGCAACAACAACAAUAACAAUGAUGGCGAUAACAAUCCCUCGACUCAGUCGACGCAACAAGAGAGCACAAGAUCCGCAUUAUCUACAGAGGCAUGCAUUCUCACCGAGGUUGCUUGUACCCAAACAUGUACGGUCAUCUCAAGCUCCGGCGAUUCAGCUCCCACCACCUCUUGCGGCAGUCCUGGAUUGUGUCGAAGACAGGCUGGCGGCGGUGGAUGUACUUCCACAACAGGCACAACCACCUCAACAUCCUUUACAACUGCCUCGGCCUCAGCCUUUAUUUGCAAGGGCGGUUCGUGUUUUGGCGCUGUCUGUGGAACUUCCGCCCCGAAUAUAGCGCCAGCUAUAACCACGAACGCUCCGGGCGAUCAGAUCCCAAGUCUUGCGGAUUUGCCGAACCCGGCAUCCAAAAGAAGUCACAGAAGAAUCACAAGAGUUGAUAAAAUUAUCAAGCGGGUCGGGGAUGUAAAUGCAGAAGACCCGACAUCGAUCAGACAACUCGACUUCACAGAUCCAAACUCGUUGUAUCCAGAUGAAACCAAUGGCCUAUCUGGUAAAGGACGGUGGUAUACAAACGCCCAGACGCUUGUGGAGAGCCAAGGGCCGGGCAAUUUAAUUUUCGCUGUAGGAGAGGACCAAAAAGAAGGGGGCGCCUCGUCGACGAAGUUCAACUAUGCAGACCUGCGGCAACAUGCCAUCACCACGGGAAGCGGUCCCUCCUGGGGCUGUACCAGUGUGUUGGUUUAUUCUGAGCGGGGGGUAUGGAUUGCACACUUCUGGGAGCUGGAGCAGAUGCAAGCCGCCGACUUCAAUAGCGAAGUGCUUAACUUCAUCCGCUCGGGCGAUCCAGGAAGAUUCGAAGGGCUCAGCGACGUGGUCCCCUCGCUCUUUUCGGGACCGUCACCCGGGGAGGAAGAGGGAGAGAUCGUCGAAGUCCCCGUCUUCUCAGGUGCCGUCAUCUUCACGCCCAGCUUCCGCCCAAGGAAUGUGCUGCCCCCAGGUUCGCAACGUACGGACCCCAUUUACAGCGACCAGAUCAACCAGAUCAAGACCGUUUUGGUCAACCAGAUCCCCGGCUUCACGCUCGCGAACAUGAACCAGAAAAUUAACGUCGCGACAUAUCAGCCUGUUGAGAACGAGGCCGAGAUAGUAUUCAAUCCAUGGCUUGGUCUCCUCACAUUCGAAUACGUGCCCCAGCACGUCUCGAACGACAACAAUGCGUGCGAAGUCCUUCGCGCCAUCCGCAUCCACAUCCAAGAUGCCAUCCAGCCUAUCAUCCCAUGGAACUGGCCCGAUCCCUCCACAAACCCCAACGCGGCCGGGCCAUCGAAAUCGAAGAACAAGCGGCAGGGCGCGUGUCCCGUCAACCUCCCCCAGAUCCUAUCGGCCCAGGGCGAUGGCACGGCCGAGCCCGCAAGUUUUUUCGAUAUCAGUACGCCUGUAAGUGGAGUAACGGGUGUGACCUCACAAGUCGGACCAGCAUCAGGUUCAGGUUCAGCAUCGCCGCCAGCAUCACCAACAUCGCCAGCUGCGCAACCAGCUGCAACGACGAGUUCGACUGCGGCGGGUUCUGUACUGUGUAGUAAUUGGGAGCUCGGCGCGAACGGCGUGCAGGUGGGGACGGACUGUGAUGGGGAUCCGAAUAAGACGGUGACGGUGACGGUGGCGCCGGGGAAAAGGGCUGUCAAGACGGUUUUUUGA